AUGGCAUCCAAUCAGUCUUUCGAUACCCAAAAUUCCUCUUAUGAUCGAAAUCUAGAACUUGUCGUUGUCACAGUUAAGAGUCCAUUUGAUGCUUUAUCGACUCUUCGACUGAGAAAAGGUGUUUUUGACUUAGUUGUCACUGACCUCCAUAUGCCUGAGAUGAAUGGUAUGGAGCUGCAAAAACAAGUGGAUGAAGAAUUCAAGCUUCCUGUAAUUAUAAUGUCAUCGGAUGAUAGCGAAAAUGUGAUAUUAAGAAGUUUAGAGGGUGGAGCUGCGUUUUAUAUCGUGAAACCAAUUAACAAAGAUGAUCUAAAGAGUGUAUGGCAGUAUGCAGUUGCAACCAAAACAGGUAACCCUCCUUCCAUCAAGGAAAUAGGAGGCACUCAAGAACCAUCUUCUUCAACAUUAGUCGAGAAAAUACCUUCUGAAGAUGUGAAUUCUGCAACAUCUAUGAAUGGCGAAAACAAGGCUGUCCCAAAAAGAAUUCUUGAAUUUAUGAGUGUUCCGGGGCUGUCAAGAGAAAAUGUUGCUAGCCACUUGCAGAAGUAUCGGAUCUUUCUGAAAAAGGUUGCAGAAAGAGGUGCUAGAUCAUCGAAGAACUUGUCGGUACGAGCUCUUAGGUCAACCUUUGCAUCUAGCCAACCCUCAUUGAUGUUCAAAAAUUUCCAGCAAGAGUAUUCAAAUUUUCCAAGACAACUUCAACUAUCGAGAGGUUUUGGAGCUUUUGGUGGUGCAAAUUUUGGGAACAUACAGUCUCCAAUCCAACAAGCUCCGAGCAACAACUCUGCACUUCAACCACCAUAUGGGCAGUCUCCUCCAUUUGGCAAUCCAACAGGUUUUCAACAACUAAUAUUUGGCAAUGCUAAUUCUGGUGGUCAGGCCAACCAAGUAAGAUCAGGACAAGAAUCAAAUGGUAAUAUUGGCGCAAACCAGGCUUCAGGUGGAAGUGUCCUUAAUGGCCUCACCAGUGGUACAGGUCCAAUGCAAAUGUACCCACCACAAAGUCAAGCAAGAUUGAAUCUUCAGAAUUUUGGUAGCCCAACACAUAAAAAAUUUGGUUCUGCUGGAAUUCAGGCUAGCAAAUAUAGGUCAGGAGUUGGGAAUAUUGGACACUUUAACAAUUCCUUGAAUGCUAGUAAUAAUUAUGCUGGAAUUCGAGUGACUGCCGAUGGACAACUCAUCGGAGCAGGCCAGAUGCAACUCCGUAAGAAUGAAGCAUCAAAUGGCUUUGGUAAUGGUGCUAAUUCUGGCUUGAUGAAUUGGACUCAUAAUGGCAACAUGAAUGUUGCAUCUGUGGGGGUAAUAUAG